AGUAGUUGAAUGGGGGCGUGGUCACUCCAAGUCUGUCUUGGAUCGAGAAUUUAUAGAAAGAGAGCACAAUUACAAGGUGAAGUCCUGUCUGAUGCCUCCAUAUAUACUGUGGCCCCCGCCAAACUGUUAAGAAAACAUGGGAAUCCCUGGCCUCACAAAAUUUGUCAAGGAAACAUUUCGGGGCUGGGAGAAAUGCACACUGAAAGGCCAUUUGAUCAUUGAUGGUUACGGCCUGUGUCAUCAAUUAUAUGCAUUCGAAUGGAAUCGUGGUGGUGAGUAUUCUCAGUUUCGGGAAGAGGUACUUAAAAUGUUUAACACACUGCUAGAGGCUAACGUUAGGCCAAUCGUUAUAUUCGAUGGAAUCGAUUACAAAAAGCAAAAAGUGGCUACGACAAUGAAAAGGCGCCGAGAAUCAAUAAAACACAUUCAUGAAAACAUUUCUAAUCCUAAUCAAGGUGGUCGAACACUAUCGUUGUUAGCUACAGAAGUGUUUCUGUUUGCUCUGCGUGAAAUCAAUGUUCCAUUUUAUGUAGCUGAUGGGGAAGCUGAUGAAAUAAUUGUGGAGAUUGCAAACUAUUUUGGUUGUCCUGUGCUUGGGUUAGAUUCAGAUUUCUUUAUGUUUAAUAUUGUAGGCGGAUACAUCCCCAUAGAUCGAUUUGACUCAGGUAGCAAGCCAGUUUCUUGUCAAGUGUUUCAUUUGUCGAAAUUCCUUGAGCAAUUCGACAUUAAGCAUGCAGAUCUACGUUUUGUUGUACCUGCCAUAAUCGGUAAUGACUUUGUAAGCAGCGUUUUCUCUCCUAAACUGGCUGCUUGUAUGGCUCACGAAGUGUCUGUUUGCAGUCUCCAUCCAGUUGCACAGAUUAUGAAAUGUAUUUAUUGCUAUCCCUCAAUAGAAAUUUUUCUUUUUAGAAUGAAAGAUCUCUCAUGUUAUGGCCAGUUGAAAAGCAACUGCUGUGCUGUCCAAGCUAUGUACACGUGUGAGAAGCGUACGAAUCCGGAGUGUUUGCUUUCAUCAAGUGUACUAAAGACAAAUUGCGGAAAGCCCUUGCCUAACUGGAUAGUGAGAAAGUAUCGGCAAGGUGAUUUUCCAAGGCACAAUAUGAGUGCUCUAGUGAUCGAGCAGUCUCUUUUGCGAAUUGUUCCUGAUGUCUCCGUGAAGUCGACAUCGAUGGAUGCAUCAUUAUCAAUAAGACAGAAAAUAUACUAUUUAUUUGAUAUUCCCAGUGUAAAAGAAUUUGUUCGUAUAAAGUUAGACCUGUCAGCUAGACAAGUGAGUUCCCUAUCCGUCUCAGCAUUUUCUCCACAACUCAUUUCCCCUUUUCCUGUAAAAGUAUUCUGUAAACUGUUGAAUUGUGAGUAUUCCAUGCUUCAAAAAGUAAAUACACAUUGGAGGUUUGUUGUAGCCGUCACUAAAUUCUGGGCCGAAACACUACAUGUGCCAACUUUCCUGGUUGAAGCUUUGAUUUUCUGCAAUGUUCUUUGCUUUACAUGCCAUGCAACCCUGAAAGUGCAUCGAGAGAAAUGCGCCUCUCCAUUCACGUUCACACGAUCAAAAUGGAUGUUAGCUUUGCAUGCUUUCUCGCAGUGGCAGUGUUGCUACUUGGAUGCCCUAAGUGUCAACCAGUUGCUAAUAGAGCCUUUUGAGGUAUUAUCUCCGGCUUUCCUGUAUGAUGGUACUAUUGCUUUGCAGAUGGCUCAGAAUGUUUCUUCAGCUCAUUCUCUAUUUCCGAUUGAUAUUGAAUUAUACCAAUCACUAUUAGAUGUUGUGCUAUCUCAUAGAUAUGCUGAAACUAAUUCAAGGCUGCAGGCUGUUCACGAAGGCGGAAGCAGGUGCCAUGCCGCAUUACCUACUCAAGCAGUCAGAAAAGAACAAAUAAAACAGCAUUUAGUUUCGUCUAAUGUUGUUCACGCUAAUCCAUUUUCAUCACUUCAAAUUGAAUCUGAUUCAGAUUCUUCAUGACUGACUACAAUUAUAGUCUGUGUACUCAAAUCCAUUUUUGCUUAUAUACAAGUGACACCUACUUUUAAUAGGUUAUUAUGCCUCGGUGCGCAUGCGCAAGCGAGGUAUAUAUACGAAAAGAAAAAAGUCUACGGUAGUGGUGUGUGUGUGUGUGUGUGUGCGUGUGGACUGCUACAGCUGCUCAAGGAUAAAUGAAGUGCAAGUAAGAGUUUCUAUAGGCUUCUAGUCAUGUUUUCAUUCAUGGAUUUGCAAAGUAAUGCUUCGUUCUCGAGCUAUGCCAUAGGCGCGAGUAACUCCCCCAAAUAAUGACUUCCGAUCAUUCCUACCUAGUCACCAGUGACUCCCAGUCAUUCAUGCCUAGGAAUAAAUGACUCCCCCAGUCACUGACUUCUAGUCACGAAUGACCCCCCCAUUUAACUUUGAGAGAUUUCAGCGGAGGGCUACUAAGUACAUCCUCAAAAGACUGCACCUGCAAUGACUAUAAUUUAUUAUAUGCUAUAUACAGUCAAGUUCAAGACUGUUAUCUGUGAGAGGUCUGUUACAAGUGAUAUGUUCCUCAACUAUCGUUACUUCACUUAGUAAAACACUCUGUUCACAUUUUCACAUCCACUGUAAAGCAAUAUAAUUUUAAAACAACAACAUCCAUCACAAUAAUUAUUACAGUGCAUGAAAAACAAAAACAACACAGUGCAAAUAAUUAUUACAGUGCAUUAAAACAAAAACAGCAGUGGAAGAUAACGAAAGCCUAAAAAUUCUACAAGGUGGUGCCUCGUUUUGUAGAUGGUGUGAUCCAAAUUGUCUCCUUACAAUUCGUGGUAUGCAGCAACAAUUAAACCACAGUUGUUGCUGCCAUUGUUCUGCUGCUGAAUAGAGGCCACAGACGGUAACAACCCAUUGUGUGCUUGUACAUUUGGGUGAUUUUUCCCGUGUUAAUCUAGCAACCUUGCUCUUUAUUCACAUGUAUAGGUCUACAUUCUAGCUGUCACUUGCUGACUACUAUUCGUUGCUACCUUGCUACUAACCUGGCUCUUUAUCCUGGCUCUUCAUUCUACUAUAAUUUUACUAAAUUGUUAAGAUGGAAACAGAUCACAUUCCCAGGAGUGAAUGACUCCCUAUGCGCAUGCUUGUUUGUUCCUGCUGAUAUGUGACCUGUUUCCAUCUUAGUAAAAUUAUAGUAGAAUGAAGAGCAAGGAUAAAGAGCAAGAUUAGUAGCAAGGUAGCAAUGAUCCAUCAGCCAAUAAGUGAGACACAUCGAUAAUUCCGGCUCUAAUGCAUGCAUGGAUCUGCCAGAACUGCUGUGAAUAAGCUUAUACUAGCAUGGGGUCAAUAUCAAUUUUUACGAACGGGAACAUAAUUAUUUUGCAGUAAAAUUUAAUCGCAGUGGUUGUGAAAUAUGUGAAUAUCAUUACCAGAUGAUAUAAUAGCGAUAUAAGGAUAUUCAGAGAAAAUGUUGUAAAGUAUUUAUGUACGCUUUGUACACAAACAUUCUUAUCCAGACAUGAAGCUGGAAUUCGCUCUGGGUCUUAUCUCCACAUCUUCCUCUUCUAAAGCCUUGUCCUUGGCGGUCAACAAACCAUGACAGAAUAACUGCAAAAAAGUCAACAAUUAUAAUUGCCGUGGCAGCCUUAAUUAAUCUACCUUCAUCCUUGUUAGAAGUAGAUUUCUUCAAAAAUGACACUGGCAUCCUUACUUGGUCUCCUUUAAACUUUUUGCGUGAAUGUAAGCCAAUUACUGUCUUCUCUGCUCCUUUUGGACGCCUGAUUACAGGAGGACGCUUGAGGCUAUAUCUAUAAUAAUGUCUAUUAUGUAUGCAUUUAUGUCUGUCACUAAUAAUUUUAUACCACAUAGAAUUUCAAUUUAGUUACAUACCACAAGUUUUGUCUGUCUUGGAACUAUGACCACCACAUAGGAGGGGACUGUUACCAGCAGGAGCAUUGCAGUCGUGUCCUCUAUCCUUGGUGAAAUCUUCACCUUCUGGAGUUUCAUCUACGUGAACACUCCUUACAAUGUGGCAUAUGAAAGAAAUACCACAAACCUUUGUUUGCAUCCCUCCCCAGUUCCUUCAUCUUUAUACUUCUUUCCAAAAACACAGACAAAAUGAAUUGUAUAGUAGAUAAGAGCAGGGACUGGGUGGCACCUUCCACACGCUUUAGAACUCGUUUCUUUGCCAUCUAGAGAUAACUGGACAAAUCUGUCCUUCUGAUAGGACCUAAUCUAGAUCUAGCUCUCCCGGCCAUAGCAGGAUCGGAAGAGCAGAGAAACUCUCACACAUACCUACUACUAAUUAUGCCUCGGUGCGCAUGCGCAAGCGAGGUAUACGGUAGUGUGUUUGUGUGUUUGUACUGUGUGUGUGUAGACUGCUACAGCUGCUCAAGGAUGAAUCAAGUGCAAGUAAGAGUUUCUAUAGGCUUCUAGUCAUGUUUACUUGGAUUUAAGUUCGUGGAUUUGCAAAAUAAUGCUUCGUUCUCCUAGUUUUGCUUACUUGGAAUGCCAUUGCAGCCUUUUCAGAAGAGCACGUAGACAAACUUGUUUACCGAAUGUUACUACUCUACUUAGUAGUUAGCUCUGCACUAGAACGCUAGCUAUUGGUAGCUGCAAGAAUGAGAAGAGAGCUGCAAGGCUCUGCAUGCAGACGGCAGCUAGACUUUUGGCAUCAAUCGUUUUUAACAACAUUCAUGGUCGAUCAUUACCCACUCUUUGAGUUUGCAUGCAUGAUAUUGGACUGGUAGCUUUAUGUUAUGUAGCUUUGGCAUCUUGAUCAUUACCCACUCUUCGAGUUUGCAUGCAUGAUAUUGGACUGAAUAAAAAAGUAGCUUUAUGUUAUGUAGCUUUGGCAUCUCCACCGAGGCAUCAGCUGUGGUGCUUUUAUUAUGCCCCGGUGCGCAUGCGCAAGCGAGGUACAUUGUAUACGGUGUUUGCGUGUGUGUGUGUAAACUGCUACAGCUCAAGGUAUCAGUAGAUAUAGUCAGCAACCUGUGGACACACUAGGUAAUAAUACCUCUAUCAUUCUGUAGAAAUAGCCCUAUAUAAUUAUAAUUAUACUGCACGCAUGCUGUGUGACACUCACAGGCAUGCUAUAGACAGUUUGGCAAUAAUGCCAAGCACUACACAUACAAUCACAUGAUAAAGCAAACGGCUAUUUAUAAUGAAGUAGAUUAGUUCCGAACUCAAAAUCUGCGUGUGAUUCAUUGGCAUUAGCUUUUAGCUCAUGGAAAACCUAGCCUCGAGACUAGCUGGGCGGAGCCCGGCACCCGUUCCCAACGGGUGGCCGGGUGACACGCUUAUAUAGGAUUUGUACUGCUGCACUGAGGAGUGCAGCCCAAUCAGAUUGCAGUAUUGCAAGUGGUUGGUUAACACCCACUUAGCUAGGUGGGUGUGCAGCUGGGCGGAGCUGCCUUGAGCAAAAUGGAGAAAGUUACACAAGUUGUCACAGCUACAGAAGCUGCUAACCAGCUUGGAAGUAGUCACUUCUUUUCUGAGAGACAGAGAUGUCUUUGCUGUAUUGCCUACUGGAUUUGGAAAGAGCCUUUGCUAUGCUUGUUUGCCUGCAGCAUUUGACAAAAUAUUGGAGAAGGAGAAAGGUCAUUCUAUUGUAGUAGUAGUAGUUACUCCAGUCCUCUGCUGGCCAUCAUUCAUGAUCAGGUAGCCAUCUAUUGUUCUAAAGGCAUCUCUAGCACAUAUGUCUCGGGCGAGAUGUCUGAUGCAGCUACAAUGGAUGCGAUCUUCCACGGAAAGUAUCAGCUAGUAUUCUUUACACCUGAAAUGAUCAUCAGCAAGAAGCAUUGGAGAAGACUUCUGGGGGGAGAUGUGUAUGCUAAUAGACUCAAGGCUUUGAUAAUCGAUGAAGCUCAUUGUGUGAAGAAAUGGGGUGAGACUUUCAGGCAAAUGCUGUUGAGAAUUAGAGAAGUGCGCAGCCUCAUUCCAACAUCAGUUCAUGUGAUGGCGCUAACAGCAACAGCUACCCGAAGUGACAUUUCAUUCAUUUCUCGUAUUGUUGGCCUAAGAAACCCAUUUGUCAUUACGAGAGUCCCAGUAAUCCCAAAUUUGAUUUAUGCUGUUGGAUUGUUCAAAAGUAUACCAGAGACAUUCCAAAACUUGGCCCAGAAAUUGGUAAUCGAGAGAAACAAGUUUCCCACAACAAUCAUAUAUGGACGUUCUUUUGGUGUGUGGUGACAUGUACCUCUUCUUUAAGGAUUACCUUGGAGCUGCAUUCACAAAUCCUGAUGAUGCACCUGAUCUUCCUGAAUUUCGCCUCGUGGACAUGUUUACAAGUGUCACUGAUCCAGCCCAUAAAUCUGAAAUCAUUCGUUUAUUUAAGGGUGAUGGCAAUCUUCGCAUUGUUGUAGCUACUAUGGAAUUUGGUAUGGGUGUUGAUUGUCCCAACAUUCGGUAAAUCAUUCAUGUUGGCCUGUCAGACGAUAUCAGUAGCUAUGUACAAGAGACUGGUAGAGCAGGUCGAGAUGGUAAACCAUCACGUGUAACCCUUUUGAAGGCAAGAAUUUACCAUCAAGUUGAUAAUGAGAUUAAAGAAUAUGCUUCAAACUUCAACACUACAGAUUGUAGAAGGGAUAGUCUUUUCCGAAAUAUUGACAAUUACAAACAUGUUGAUCUCGGUUUCAAUUGCUUGUGCUUGUUCUAAGUCAUGUUUAUGUGGACAGUGUGACCUAAGACUUAGUUACUUCUUUCAGCUAAUUACAAAUUUUAUUUUCAUUAUUACCUGUGCUUCAAGAAAGCUGCUAUAUCUACCGAAACAUUUCCUGCACAUUUUGGGCAAUCUG